GGUGACUUUUACAAGACCACGCCUACGCUUACAGUAGAGCCAAUAUGAGAUGGCUUUUAAAAACUUGAAUGACGAGGAAGUAAAGGUGCGACCACCCGGUGAACUGUCUUAACGUCAACAUGACAAGCAGCGAUAAGGAGAUUUCCUAUGCUGAUCUCAAAGCUCUCUUGGCGAAGGGUUCAGGGCUUGUUGUGGAUGUCCGCAGUAAAGAGGAGGUAGAUAGAGGCUGUAUUCCUGGCUCCAUUCAUAUUCCAGUGGAAAAUGUAGAAAGUGACAUGUCAUUGGACGCAUCUGAAUUCCGGUCUACGUUUGGCGUAGUUAAGCCGUCUCUGGACAGCUCUGAACUGGUUUUCCACUGUCAGGUGGGAAGACGUGGCGCUGUUGCCACAGAGAAAGCCAGAGGCCUGGGCUUCAAGAAUGCCCGUAAUUAUGCUGGUGGCUACAAGGAAUGGUCAGACAAAGGAGGCAAGUGACAAUACUCAGAACUCCUGAAAAUCUGAAGAUUCCAUCUUAAAUCAGGGACCUUUUUUCACUUAUACCUCUUAAUGAUAAUCAUAAUAAUUGUCCAUGUAUUUUAAUAAAGUCUGAUUAUUAAACA